GCCGCGCAGCCCUGUAGUAAAGCAGCAGAGCUCAGAGAGACAUGGCGGCGGAUCCUCAGCCGGACUGGCUCUCCUGCCUUCCCUCUUCUUGGAGUUAUGGGGUGACUCGGGAUGGACGCAUAUUCUUCAUCAACGAGGAAGCGAAGAGCACAACCUGGCUGCAUCCUGUUACUGGAGAGGCUGUGAUCACAGGACACAGAAAAACUCCAGAUUUACCAACAGGAUGGGAGGAAGGAUACACGUUUGAGGGGGCUCGCUGCUUCAUCAACCACAAUGAGAGGAAGGUGACCUGUAAGCACCCGGUGUCUGGCGUCCCCUCCCAAGACAACUGCAUAUUUGUGGUGAAUGAACACACAAAUCAUGGGAAGCUUGUCCACCCUGUCAGGGCCAUAGAGGCUCUCAGCAGGGCAGCACCUCAGGCCUCCUCAGAUCAGGGCAGCAGCAGCGACAAGAAGGAGCGUCCCAUGAGCACCAUGAGCGAGGCCUCCAACUACACGGGGGGGUCCGACUACAGCACCUUCCCUGGCAGUCCGGCCACCACCGCCACCAGCACCGCCCUCACAUCCACCUCGUCCACACGGCCCUCUAGGUCUUCCAAAAAAAUCCACAACUUUGGAAAGAGGUCAAACUCCAUCAAGAGGAACCCCAAUGCCCCUGUGGUGAAGAGCAGCUGGCUUUACAAACAGGACAGCACAGGCAUGAAGUUGUGGAAGAAGAGGUGGUUCGUUCUGUGUGACAUGUGUCUCUUCUACUACCGUGAUGACAAAGAGGAUAACAUUCUGGGAAGUAUCCUGCUGCCAAGCUUCCAUGUGUCCAUGCUGUCGGUGGAUGAUCACAUCAGCAGGAAGUACGCCUUCAAGGCCACUCACCCCAACAUGCGGACGUAUUAUUUCUGCACUGACGCAGCCAAAGAGAUGGAGUCCUGGAUGAAAGUCAUGACGGAUGCUGCACUGGUCCACAGUGACCCCGUCAGAAGGCUGGACAAGUUGAAAGUUGAUCAGCGAACCCCUCAGGAGUUGAACAACUUACUCCAGAACAACGUGCGGAACCGCGAGCCUGUGAGACAUCACUCUCUAUCUCGAGUCGAUGACAAACGGCAAAAAGACCUGGAGAAACACAACGGCCAGAGGGAGCGGGAGUACUACACCUUGCAGAGAGAAGGGGAGAGACUCUCUCUGAGGAAAGAUGGUGUGAGCUACAUGCUCCAGAAGGAUGGAGAGAGGUACUUCCUCCAGAAGGAUGGAGAGAAGUACAUGCUGCGAAAAGAAGGGGACAAAUUCUUGUUGCAGAAAGAUGGAGAGGUGUGUGCAAUCCACAAAGACCUGGAGCAGUAUGCUGUUCAUACCGUGGACGGGAGGUGCGCUGUGAAUGCCCAGGAGGAGAGGUACGCUCCCUGUAAGGACGCAGAGAAGUACCUGCUCACCAAGGACGGAGAGAAAUACGCUCUGCAAAAACUAGCAGACAGACACACACUCCAGAAAGAUGGGCAGAAAUAUGUUCCCCAGAAGGAAGUUAGGAGACAGCUGUCCUUAAAGGAGACAGGGCGAUACGGCAUGAUGAAGGAGAUGGAGAACAAAUACGGCACCAUACAAGUUGUGGACAAAUACGGCACCCUGAAGGAAGUGAAGAAAUACAGUACUCUGAGGGAAGGGGACAAAUACGCUACUCUGAGGGAUGCGGGGAAGUAUGCUACGGUGCGUGGGGGGGACAGAUGUGGCUUCCAAAGAGAUCCCAAUGCAGACAGGGCUCUGACUAAGAUCAGCAGCAUCAAGCUGCAGCCGGCUCAGGCAGCCGCCAUCGCAGCCGCCGUGUCUGCGUCCCGCCAGAGCAAGGCCAACCUCCACCUCCACAACCCGCCACUGCCCAACGGCCCAGGGCCUGCAACAGGGGAGCACCCUGGGGACUGCAGCCCCGCAGAGGGGGACAGCAGCUUGGCGAUGGCUCCAGGAAAGUCCCCUGUGCCAGUCCAGGAGCCGGAGCGGGGCCUGUCCAGAACCAACUCCAUGCAGCAGCUGGAACACUGGGUCCGCACGCAGAAGAGCCGAGGACUGGAUGAGGACACCAGGAGUGUAACGUCCUACCAGACCUUACCCCGGAACAUGCCCAGCCACCGGCCUCAGAUCGUGCCGCGCUACCCUGAGGGCUACCGCACGCUGCCCCGCAACAUGAUCCGGCCAGACAGCAUCUGCAGCGUGGCGGGCUCCGUGUACGACCGGGCCCUCCGCCCCACCUCCACCAGCACCACAGCGGAGAAGAGGAGAUCCAUGAGGGACGACACCAUGUGGCAGCUGUACGAGUGGCAGCAGAGGCAGGCCUUCUCCAGGCAGAGUCUGGCUCUGCCGACAGCGGGGGGGCAUUACGGCACUCUGCCCAGCACUAAGACCAUGGGCAACAUCUCGGAACACGUGGCACACUCCAUCCCCCCCUCGCCUUCUCACGGCUCCCUGGCUCUGUACAGCACCCUGCCCCCCCCUCGCCUGCAGGCCCCCCACAACCCCAGCAGCUCCCACUCCGAGGUGUCCUCACCUGUCUUCAGGGGAGAGACCCCUGACCCCUGGCACAGGACCCUCCCUGCAAAGCAUGGCUACUCUGCUGACCGACGGUCCAUAGCAGGGGGUGUCCUUCCCCCGUCCAUCACCCCUCUGUCCCUGCAGGGCAAGACGCCCGAGGAGCUGACGCUGCUCCUGAUCAAGCUCCGCCGGCAGCAGGCGGAGCUCAACAGCCUGCGGGAACACACAGUAUCUCAGCUAAUGGCCCUGGGUAUGGAGGGGCCCAACGCUAAGACUGAUGUUCUCUCUCAUCACCUCCAGAGGAACCUUAUUUACCUGGACAGCCAGACGAAGGAGAAUGAGCCUCUAAUCUUCAUGAUUCACACUAUGAUCGAGAACUCGGCACCGAGGCCGCAACUCUAUCAGCAAGUCAGUCCAGACGACCACAAAGAUGGUUCCUUCAUCCAGCGCACAGAGGAGCCCGACAUAGAUACCAAGCUGAGCAGACUGUGUGAGCAGGACAAGGCUGUGAGGAUGCAGGAGGAGAAGCUGCAGCAGCUGCACAGAGAGAAGCACACUCUUGAGGCGGCCUUGCUGUCUGCCAGUCAGGAGCUGAGUGAACAGAACGGGAACAAUGGCGCCACACAGAGCCUGCUGCAGCAGAGAGACACACUGCAGAGCGGCCUGCUCAGCACCUGCAGAGAGCUGAGCAGGGUCACCACUGAGCUGGAGCGUUCCUUGAGGGAGUACGACAGGUUGGGGGCCGACGUCACUCUGGCUAAGUCCAACCUGCUGGAGCAGCUGGAGGCCCUCGGCAGCCCACAGACAGAGCCUCCGAGCCAGCGGCACAUCCAGAUCCAGAAGGAGCUGUGGAGGAUCCAGGACGUGAUGGAGGCUCUAGCCAAAAACAAACCCCAGCGGAGCGCAGACAGCACAGGUGUGCCUCCUUCCAAACCGCUCUCCAGUAUACAGAAGAACGAGCAAAAUCCAGACUACCGGCUAUAUAAGAGCGAGCCUGAACUCACCACGGUGAAGGAGGAGGUGGAUGAGGCCAACGGGGAGGACAAGGACAAGGCAGAGAGCUCUCCUGAGAGGACGGACAGCACAGCUUCCAAAGUGCCCCCCUGCCCGGUGGGCAUCAUUCCCCCUCGAACCAAAUCUCCCAUGAAUCCCCCCGAGUCCUCCACCAUUGCCUCUUAUGUCACCCUGAGGAAGACCAAGAAGCCUGAAUCCAGAUCAGCCCGGCCCCAAAGUGCAGUGGAUCAGACCGGCUUUGGGGAACGUGAGGGGGGCCGAACACGGAUGAGUGUGGAGGAGCAGCUGGAGAGGAUAAGGAGGAACCAGGAGGCCUCGUCGCUACGAGAGAAGAAGAGAGAGACCCCGUCCCGCUCGCCCUCAUUCAGCAAAGACAACCCUGUUAUCAUCCAGCAGAGUCGGGGGCAGAUGGAGGGGGCCUGUGCGGACCCUGUGCAGCUGGAGGCGGCGCUGCAGCAGCUGAAGGUGGAGCAUAUGGAGCAGAGCAGGACGCACACACACCCUGCGCCACAGGUCCAGGAGGUGCAGGGAGUCGAGGAGUGCGAAGAGGUGCAGCAGGACAGGGAGGGGCCCCUGCAGUGGGAGGAGAAGCUGCAGGAGGAGCUGUGUGUGAGUCAGAGGGUGGUGAUACUGGACCUGUGCGUGGAGCCUCAGCGUGUUGAGAUUGUAAAUCCUUUUGAGGAUGAUGAAGGCAGAGAGCAAGAUCUGACCAGCUCGCCAACCAACACCCCUACUGAAAACAGCUUUCAGACUCCGGAGCCUGAGACCCCGAGCCCGGAGCCGAGGGAGGAGGAGACAGACGUGAGGCAGCAGGGCAGCAGAGGGGAGGAGCUGAAGGAGAGGCUGACAGCAGACAACAAAAAACACAACAACAAUAACAACAACAUGUUGGCUUCGCAGACGUACACCUUGGUGAGCAGCGACACGUGAGUCGGCCUCCACCCCCACACUGACGCCCAUAAAGCCCAAAUGUAGCCUGCCCGCACAGAGCAUGCUCCAAGGCUUGGUGUGUUUACAACAGGACUGUUUUAUACUACUGCUCCAUGCGCACAGGAGGACUGAGAGGAGGACCGCCCCCCUGCCUGGUGGACCUCACAGACAGGCCGCCUUCAAUUCCAGACAGACCAGGAUGUGCUGUUUCUUUAGAACCUGCUAGAUGUGUCUAUCCUGAUAUGUUCCUGAGCAAAACAGUUAAUCUACGGAGUCACAUUUCAAAACAUUUCUACAUUAGGAUUGUGAAAUGGUGUAGUCAUGAAGUCAUGGUCAUGUGAAGGAGAGAGCGCUUUUCAGAAGCUGCGGAUUCCGUUUUAGAGAAGAGCAUUUAUCCCUGACAAACCAAGGACAACAAAAUUAACUCAGCACGUUGUUAGAAUGUUCGCAGUGAGAAUAACACACAAGAAGGGGGGGGGGGGGGGGGGGGCUCUCAAUUUUAUAAGUUACAAUUUCCUUAAUAUUAUUAUAUGUAACCUGUUGUAUUUGGUUUAAUCAUUUUAGGUUUAUGACCUGUGGUCAUCUGUGGUCAUUUUGUAAUCACAAUAAAAGAAGACCGAGGAUAAAACACGAGUUAUUGCUUCAGUGUGCUUCCUGUCAAGCCUUUUCGGAGGGCUGAAUUUUAAAAAUCCGAACAGAGUCAACAAAGGAAGCAUACGGUGUCAAUGUUUUUAACGGGCCAUGCUUUCAUUGCUUUAAACAAUAAACCAUUUCACAAUCUGGUCUGUAUGUAGCACUUGUUUUGGAGGUCAUAUAUCUCCAUAGAUAUCAACUGCCAAAUGUUAACACACACAUCAACACAUUUAGAUACCUAACUAAAUAUUAAAGUUAUCUUUAUAUAAUAACUCUUAGAACAUUCUACUGAUCUGGAGGGGGGGGGUAUUAGCUGUGACUGAGUAGCUGGAGGGAGUGUACAGCUGCGUGGAGGAGCACUGGAGAAGUUUCACCUCAGAGGGGCUAAGCACCAAAACCCAACACACAUGCAGUGCUUUACUUUACCCAAGUGACCGCCGAUGCUCUCACAUCCAUUCGUUCUUAUCAGUCCACUUUUAUUUUGCACCUGCAACAUAACAUUGGAUAUACAUAUUUAAAUAUAUAAAAAGUAUAUAUAUGAACAUAAAGCAGAUUUAUACUUCAACAAGGUGCCACUUCAUGCUGCUGACUCUUUUGAACAGAAAUAGGUAUUUUGCAGAAGUUGUGAUUAUUUAUGUCGAGCAGGCUGUCUGUUUACUCGUUAUGUGAAUGUUUUACAUUUCUCGUCCGCUUUUUAUGUCUAUUCUUUUUUUUCUCUUUUUGGUUUACAGUACUUAGAAGAUACACAGAUGCUGAGGACAUGACACUGAUUUGAUAUUUUGAGUUUAAAUCUGUUCAGGGUGGUGAAGAGUUGGAGAAUAGCACAUGUACGAAGCAAUAAGUAGGACUUUGGAGCUCCAGGACAUACAAUGAAUUCAAAAGAGAUGUAUAAACUGUAAAAAAUAAUAACAAACAAAAUAGCAUAAUUUAUGUACACACUGAAAAGAAGAAGAAUGAAAAUUAUAACUAUAAGAGGUUAUUGUUCAUAGUAUUAGGGUCAAUAUGCAAAAAGUUCAUACCCCAUCUGUUUUAUAUCAUGUGAAAUAAAUGUUGAUGUUCUU